AGAGCCGCCGACUGACUAAACCGCCGACCUCACCUCCUCUCAAACCUCCCCGCCUCAUCUUCUCAUCUUCCAUUCUCUCCUCCCCCACUUCUGCUCCGCAACCCCGUGCAUUCUUGCAAAAAGUUUGCGCCUUCUCCAUUUCUCUAUUAACACGAUAUACCCGUCACUCAAAAUGUCCUCCCAAAUCACCCUUACCAGCAGCGACGGUGUCGAUGUCUCUGUCGACCGUGUCGUUGCCGAGCGCUCCGUUCUGAUCAAGAACAUGCUAGAGGAUCUUGGUGACUCUGGCGAAGCCAUCCCUAUCCCCAACGUCAACGAGGCCGUUCUGAAGAAGGUCAUCGAGUGGUGUGAGCACCACAAGAAUGACCCCCAGAGCGCCACCGAUGAUGAUGAUAACCGCCGCAAGACCACCGACAUUGAUGAGUGGGACCAGAAGUUCAUGCAGGUGGACCAGGAGAUGCUGUUUGAGAUUAUCCUCGCCGCCAAUUACCUCGACAUCAAGGCCCUCCUCGAUGUUGGCUGCAAGACUGUCGCCAACAUGAUCAAGGGCAAGUCCCCCGAGGAGAUCCGCAAGACUUUCAACAUCCAGAAUGAUUUCACCCCCGAGGAGGAGGACCAGAUUCGUCGCGAGAACGAGUGGGCCGAGGAUCGCUAAACAAGUUCUUUCCUUCGCAUUACGAUUUGCUUUUACGGACCUUAAACUCUUGCAAUGUCUUGACAUUUCCAUUCACCGGAAUGUCAUCGAUGAUACACACACUCCCACCCCAUCGGACCACGUCCGGUUUGACGAUGGAGAACUCCCCCGGGGAAUUAAAAUCUUUCAGCCAGCUUCUGGGCUAGAUAGAGAACCUUGGCUAGUGAGGGAGCCUUUCUCGUUUUAUUUCUUUGUUUUACACUUUGCUCCUCUGUUCCGAAAUGGCGUUUUUAAUUUGCUUGUUCCUUGUACCGCGUGUACUAGGAUCUUGGGACUGGGUUAGGCUGAAUGAAUUCCUUUCUCUUUCCUCGAAUUUUCGAGAGAAUGCUAUGGAUUCCUCCAGCUACUUACUACGUUGAUUUAACAUAGGUUCAGAAAAGAUCGGAUGAAGUAUAAGCUCGGACUCGGGGGUAUAUGUAGAGCAAUCCAGGUAGAGCGGUCUCUACUCCCAGCAACCU